CGGGCGGGAGUGGUUAGCGCAUGCGCAGCCGGGCAGCCAUGCGGGUGCUGGUGGGUGGUGGGACUGGAUUUGUGGGCAGAGCCCUGACCCAUUUGCUUCAGAGCCGUGGUCAUGAGGUCACCCAUGUCUCUCGACAAGGGGGCAAGAAUCGCAUCAGCUGGGAAGAGUUGUCCCACCUUGGACUGCCCCAGUGCGAUGCAGUGGUGAACUUGGCUGGUGAGAAUGUCCUCAACCCUUUCCGCAGAUGGGGUGAUGCUUUCUGCAAGGAAGUUAUCAGCAGCCGAGUUGAAACCACCAAGACCUUGGCCAAAGCCAUUGCUGAUGCUGACCAGCCACCCAAUGCUUGGGUCGUCGUCACCGGCGUAGGCUAUUACCGCCCUAGCCCCACAGCUGAGUAUACUGAGGAUAGCCCUGGGGGGGAUUUUGACUUCUUCUCGCGCCUGGUGAGCUCUUGGGAAGCUGCAGCUCUCAUCCCUGAGGGUCCAACUCGUGGUGUUCUGGUGAGAUCUGGUGUAGUGCUGGGCCGAGGUGGUGGCGCAAUCUCUCAGAUGCUCUGGCCGUUCUGGCUAGGACUGGGAGGCCCCAUAGGGUCUGGGCACCAGCCAUUCCCAUGGAUCCACAUUCAGGACCUGGCUGGGAUCAUAUGUCAUGCCCUGGAGAAUGAGUGCCUGCAAGGGGUCUUUAAUGGUGUUUCCCCAUCUUCUCCUGCCACCUCCAACAGCACCUUCACUCAGGAGUUUGCUGCAGCCCUGGGACGCCCAGCCCUACUGCCAGUGCCUGCCUGGGCUGUGCAAGCUGUCUUUGGGGUCGAGCGGGCUGUUAUGUUGUUGGAGGGCCAGAAAGUGGUACCAAAGCGCACCCUGGAGAGCGGUUACCAUUUCAUCUUUCCUGACCUUUCUGCAGCUCUGAAGGACAUUGUGGCUUGAGUAUCCUUGUUCAGGCUGUUCAGGGGCUUGUUUUUGUGAAUUCCCUGGCUCAUAUACCUUCCCUUAGGUGAAAGAGGGUGUCUUUUCCUGUUCUCUCUUCUUUUGUGCAUCUCCAGUUUAGGAGUCAUCCUUCCUAUUUCCAACUGCAAUCUCCACAUCACCUGCUUUUGGUGAAGGGCACAAACCUCUUUAAGGAUUGUGACUGCUCAAUCUGCCAUCUCUUUUCCACAGCAUGUAUGUGAGCUGCUCACAGAGCGCCCUGGGGGAAGGAUCUUCAGGUGUUACUGAUGUAACAAUGUCUUUCCCAAUGUCUUUCACCAUAUGAUCACAAGAGGCUCUUCUGUUUUGCUCAUCUCAAUCUCAUAGGAAAUUGUAAUUAAUUAAUUACUUGUAAGCUUGUAGUUAAGCUGGGGUGAUAUCCAUCACAGAGAGUGAUGGAUAUGAGUGACUUGGAGACCUUGCCAUUCUCCUUUUUUUCUGGUAGAUUCAUACUAGAGCAAAGGUGUCAGAACCUC